UCCCUUCCAUCAACUAGUCCCUCCUUCCCUCUGCAAGAAAGAAACCUCUCUCGCUCUCCCUCUCCUUCCUCUCUCUACUCUCCCUCAUACGUACAAACCCACACUGUCCAUUUUCCUAACAGAUCUCCACAAACAUUUCCUCUCUCUCCCUUCUCAAUUUCCCCAUUUCCUAAAAUCUCUCUGUUUCUUGAAUCCAUUCGUUUUCUUCACUCUUUCUCUCUCUCCCACUCUCUCAUUAUCUACUUUCGAUCGAUCACUUGUUUUCAGCGUCUCUACUCCUUCAUAACCCAUUUUAGGCUUCUGGGUUACUUUCAUUUUCGACAAAUCUUGAACCCUUUAGGCCUUUCUUUAAUCUGUUUAUUACUGUUGUUUUUGUUCUUGCUUAAUCGAAAGAUUGUUUCUGGGUUUUGGAGUACCGAAAAAGAUUGAAGAGAAGAACAAUACAAAAGGGUAUAGUGUUGAAGGGAAAUGAGGGAUGUUGUCGAGGUUGGGAAACCUAGCGUGCGCGUGUUGGAAACCAGUCAGGAGGUAUGCCCGUAUGAACAAGGAUGAUGGAGAGGAUUCCUCCAUUGAUGACUCGCUCCUAUGGUGCAGAGACCUCGAUAAGCACUCCUUCGGUGAAUUUUCUUUUGCUGUGGUUCAAGCCAACAGCGUGAUUGAAGAUCAGAGCCAAGUCGAGAUUGGCCGGGACGCUACUUAUGUCGGUGUCUAUGAUGGCCAUGGCGGCCCUGAAGCUGCGCGUUUCAUCUGUGACCACCUUUUUCUUCAUCUAACGAGUAUUGCUCGAGAAAGAAGCACCAUUUCUGAAGAUGUUCUGAGAGGUGCUUUUAAUGCUACCGAGGAUGGGUUUCUGACUCUUGUGAGGAGGUCAUUUGGAAUAAAACCAACAAUUGCGGCAAUUGGAUCUUGUUGUCUGGUUGGAGUUAUCUGGAGAGGGACAUUGUACAUUGCUAAUGUAGGGGACUCACGAGCUGUGCUUGGUUCUUUAGGUAGAUCAAAUAACAUAGUUGCUGAGCAGUUGACUGCAGAUCACAAUGCAAGCAGUGAGGAUGUUAGAAAUGAACUCCUGUCUUUGCAUUCUGAUGAUUCCCAUAUCUUGGUUAAGAAAAAUGGAGUUUGGCGAAUCAAAGGCAUUAUUCAGGUAUCUAGAUCCAUUGGCGAUGCAUACUUGAAGAAGACGGAGUUUUCUCUCGAUCCUUCAUUUCCGAGAUUCCACCUUCCUGAACCACUCCGUCGUCCUGUACUAACAGCAGAACCAUCAUUGUACACUAGAGUUCUGCAUAAAAAUGACAAGUUUUUGAUCUUUGCAUCGGACGGACUUUGGGAACACUUGAGCAAUCAAGAAGCUGCUGCAAUUGUGCAUAAUAACCCCCGAGCAGGUAUAGCGAAACGACUUCUGAGAGCUGCUUUAAUGGAGGCAGCAAGGAAAAUGCGGAUUGGUUACGAUGAUCUUAAGCAGCGCCCAAAGGGUGAUCGGCGGCAAAUUCACGAUGAUAUAUCUGUGGUGGUCAUGUUUCUAGAUCAUCAAGUAAUGGGGCAAAAUGGUUCUGUACCUGAGAUGUCAAUCAGAGGCUUUAGCAACACUGUUGGACCAUCGAGAUUUGAUAUUCAAGGAGUCACGUGAUGGAUGCAUUAAAUUUGAAUGGCAAGAAGACCCGGGUUCAGCUGGAUUUAAUUUUUCAUUUUUCACAUUUUUUGCAACAUAUUAUUGUUGUUUCUCCCAACUUCUUUACUUAACUUUUUUCUUUUCGAGAUUUGAUUUCUAAAACUGAUUCCUUUUUCCACAAGAUGUGAAUCCUUUUGAGAUAAUGUCUUAAAAAAAAAAAAAUCUACUGUAGACUAGAGCUAUGGAAUUUUGUUGAGUUUACAUGAUGUAGUCUGUAUACACUCGGAAUUAUAUUUGGUUCUAAUAAAGCUGCUCUUGUUAAGUCUGCUUA